AUGAUGGUAGGCGACUCGCCGGUCGCCGUCUCCGAGACACCGAGAGGGGAGACGGAGGCGACCGAGAAGAACGAGAAGGAUGAGAAGGAUGAUGAGGGGGAGGAGAAGAAGGGGAAGAAGAAGGAGAAGAAGCCAGCGGUGCCGUACUGGCAGCUCUUCUCCUACGCGGACCGCACGGACGUGGCGCUCAUGGCGGUCGGCACGCUCGGCGCCGUGCUUCACGGCGCCGCGCUGCCGAUCUCGUUCCUGUUCCUGGGGAAGAUGGUGGACUCGUUCGGGACGAACGACCUGUCCGGCGUGAACACGUUUGUCCUCGCUAUGGUCUACAUCGCUUUAUGCUGCUUGGUUGGCGGAUGGCUAGGCGAGCGGCAAAGUGCGCGGGUGCGCCGGCUGUACCUGCAGGCGCUGCUCGGCAGGAGGAGCAGUCUGGGCCCUUGUGUUCCACUCCUCUCCGCCACUCCCCACACCUCCCUUUCUCCUCCCCCUUUCCUCCUUCGCAGAGGUGGCGUGCUGGAUGCACACGGGCGAGAGGCAGAGUGCAAGGGUGCGUUGGUUGUACCUGCAGGCACUGCUGCUUCAUCCAGAGCAAUGGGGGUACUCAGCCUUUCAGUCCUCUCCUGGCCUUCCCCCAUCCCUUCCUCUUCCUCCCCCAUGGCAGAGGUGGCGUGCUGGAUGCACACGGGCGAGAGGCAGAGCGCGAGGGUGCGCCGGCUGUACCUGCAACUCACAUUUCCCCCUCUUCCCAUCUCCUCCUCUGUCCUCCGCUUCCCCUGCCAUCCCCGCAGAGGUGGCGUGCUGGAUGCACACGGGCGAGCGGCAGAGCGCGAGGGUGCGCCGGCUGUGGGCAACUGCAUUCACUACUUCUCCACGUUCGUGUGUGGCUUCAUAGUCGGCUUCACCAGCGUGUGGCAGCUGGCUCUGGUCAUUCUCGCCGUGUGCCCGCUCAUCAUCGCCACGGGAGGGAUCUAUGCGGCUGUGCUCACGGGCCUCAUGACUCAGGGAGAGAAGGCUUACACCGAAGCAGGGAAGAUUGCUGAACAGGCGGUGGGGCAGGUGCGAACAGUGCAGUCGUACGUGGCAGAGGACAGGACAGUGGAGGCAUAUGGGCGGGCUUUAAGAGACACGUUCAAGCUGGGAGUCAAGGGCGGAUUAGCCAAGGGAGUGGGCCUAGGCGCCAUCUACGGACUCAUGUUCGCGUCCUUUGCGCUCAUGUUCUGGUUCUCCGGCCUUCUCAUCGCACAAGGCAUCGGCAACGGAGGCUCAAUCCUCACCACCAUGUUCGCCAUCGCCCUUGGCAGCCUGGGGCUCGGCCAAGCCCUCCCUAACGUCACAGCCUUUUCCAAGGGCUGUGUGGCAGCGUAUAAGAUCUUUGUGACUAUAGCGAGACGGCCGGUGAUUGGCGGGGAGGAGGAGGGGGGGAGCGGUGGGAAGGAGUUGGAGGCGGUGGAGGGGCGGGUGGAGUUUGAGAAGGUGUGCUUUGCAUACCCGGCUCGGCCUGAAGUGCCGAUAUUUAAGGACUUCUCCCUCUCGAUCCCUGUUGGCACCACGGUCGCCCUGGUCGGCCCAUCAGGCAGCGGCAAGUCAACCGUCGUGGCGCUCAUCCAGCGCUUCUACGACCCGACAGCUGGCAGCGUUUCAUUGGACGGCACGGAUCUGCGCCAGCUCAGCCUGACGUGGCUGCGCUCCCAGCUGGGGCUUGUCAGCCAGGAGCCGUCCCUGUUUGCUACCAGCAUUCUGGAGAACAUUCGGUACGGCAAGGAGGACGCGACACAGGAGGAGGUGGAGGAAGCAGCAAGGAUCGCCAACGCGCAUUCCUUUGUGACUGCGCUACCGCAAGGGUACAACACACAGGUGGGAGAGAGGGGCGUGCAGCUGUCAGGAGGGCAGAAGCAGCGCAUCGCCAUCGCCAGAGCAGUCGUUCGCAACCCCCGCGUGCUGCUAUUGGACGAGGCCACGUCAGCACUGGACAGCGAAUCAGAGCGCGUGGUGCAGGCGGCUCUGGACGGUGGGCUGAUGCGUGGCAGAUCAACGGUUGUGAUCGCACACCGGCUGUCCACGAUCCGGAAUGCAGACAAGAUUGCUGUGGUGGCCGGGGGAAGGGUGGUGGAGGAGGGGACACACGAAGAGCUGAUGGCGCAUGGGGGGGCGGAGGAGUGGGGAGGGGGAGGGGAGGAUGAUGAGGGGAGGGGUGUGGUUAGUGCAAAGGAAGGUGCGAGGAAAGAGGGGGGCGUGUAUGCUAACUUGGUUCGCCUGCAGAUGGUAGCUGGGGAGGAUCGCUACGUAAGCCUGAAUGCUCUGGCCAAUCAGGUUCCAGGAUUGAAAGCAGCCGGCCGCCUUCGAAUUGACGUGAACCAAUCAGGAUACGAGGAGGACGUGGGUAGGAAGAUCUCGAGGGCGCUCUCAGCAUCCUCCACGCCACGUGGGUUCAGAGAUCCUGCUGCUGACGUGGGCCAAUCAGGGAGCAUAGAGAACGUGGGAAGUAAGCUCUCGAGGGCACUGAGUUCCCUGUCAGCAGCCUCCACUCCACGUGGCUUCAGAGAGCCUGCUGCUGACGUGGACCAAUUAAGGAGCAUAGAGAACGUGGGAAGGAAGAUCACCAGGGCGCUUAGCUCCCUCUCAGGAGCCUCCACUCCACGUGGCUUCAGAGAGCCUGCUGCUGACGUGGACCAAUCAGGGAGCAUGGAGGACGUCGGAAGGAAGAUCUCCAGGGCGCUGAGCUCCCUGUCAGCAGCCUCCACUCCACGUGGCUUCAGAGAACCUGCUGCUGACGUGGACUUUGACUUGGAUCUAAUGGGAUCUGACGUGGAGGAGGAAGAGGAGGAGGGAGGAGAAGGGGGAGGAGGGAAGCGAGUGUGGGGGGAACUGAGGAAGGUUCUACCAGCUCCCCUGAGGGCGUUGCUCCCUGGCGGCAAAAAGAGAGGAGAUGACAAGGGGGAAAACAGUCAGGAGGGCAAGGAGAGUGGAGAGGAGGAGGAGGGCGCGAAGGGAGAAGGAGAAGGAGAAGGGGAAGGAGAAGGGGAAGGAGAAGGAGAAGGAGUGGGGGGAAAGAAGGCGUCGUGGUGGCGACUAGCGCGUAUGAGUGCUCCUGAGUGGCCCUUCACUGCUCUGGGCGCGGCUGGUGCUGUCAUGGCAGGCGCGUUCAACCCCGUGUAUGCGCUUCUGCUCAUUGAUGUGACUGGUGCUGUGAUGGCAGGGGCGUUCAAGCCGGUGUAUGCGCUUCUGCUCAUUGAUCUCUGUAAGACCCACAACAUAGACUAUGACACGGACGAUGGGGACUUACACUUCACUGCUCCUUCCUAUCACAUUCUGCCAUCUCCACACCCCCCCCCCCAUCUCGACCACUCCUCUUCCCUCCUUCAGCUGGUUGCGGCUCUCUACAACCCUGUUACCGAUGAGAUGAAGCGGGCCAUAGUCUUCACUACUCCACCCACAUUGUGCCAUCCCCCUCCCAUCCCCAACCGCACUGCAGCGGCUCUCUACAACCCUGAUACCGAUGAGAUGAAGCGGGCCAUAGUCUUCACUACUCCACCCACAUUGUGCCAUCCCCCUCCCAUCCCCAACCGCACUGCAGCGGCUCUCUACAACCCUGAUACCGAUGAGAUGAAGCGGGAGGUCAACAAGUGGGCCAUAGUCUUCACGGCUCUCGGCGUGCUGGCGCUGCCAGUGCACUCGGUGCAGAACUACGGCUUUGGCGUGUCGGGAGAGGCGCUGGUGAAGCGAGUCAGAGAGAAGAUGCUUGCAGCCAUCCUAGGCAACGAGGUGGCAUGGUUCGAUCGGGACGCCAACGCCAGCGGCGCCAUCGCCUCUCGUCUCGCCACAGACGCCACGCUAGUCAAAGCGGCCGUGGCGGACCGCAUUGCCCUUGCCACGCAGAACCUGUCGGUGAUUGUCAUCGCGUUUGUCAUCGGGUUCGUGGUGGAGUGGCGGGUUGCGCUCGUGGUGAUUGCAACGUUCCCGCUGCUCAUAUUUGCGGCACUCAUGGAGCAACAAUUCCUGGCAGGGUUUGCGGGCAACCAGAACUCAUCGCAUGCGGGCGCCACCACCAUAGCAGCAGAGGCGGUAGCCAACAUCCGCACUGUAGCAGCAUUCAACGCACAGGACAAAAUCCUCGCACUGUUCACUGCCAGGCUGGCAGGACCCCUCAGGCGCUCAUUCCUUCGCGGGCAGGUUGGUGGGGCAGGUUUCGGCCUGAGCCAAUUUUUCAUGUAUGGGUCGUAUGCGUUAGCACUAUGGUACGGGUCGACUUUAAUUCCCAAUACAGCGUCAUAUGGUGAUGUGCUUAAGUCAUUUAUGGUGCUUAUAAUGACGUCGAUGGCUAUAGCUGAGAGCAUUACUCUCGCUCCGGAUAUUGCGAAAGGAAGCGUGGCCGUUCGAUCGGUCUUCAAGACCACAGAUCGGACGCCCAAGAUUCUUUCCGACGAUCCGACGGCUGAGGUGGUUUCGACUGUUCGCGGAGAGAUUGAGUUUCGAUCGGUUUCUUUCGCCUACCCGACCCGCCCGGAAACGCCCGUGCUGCAAGACCUUUCUCUCCGGGCAGCGCCGGGGAAGAUGCUGGCGCUGGUGGGCCCGUCGGGCAGCGGAAAAAGUUCCGUGGUGGCUCUGGUGGAGCGGUUCUACGAUCCGACGGCUGGGAGUGUGCGGGUGGAUGGGGAGGACAUCCGGACCGUUCAUCUGAAGACUCUGCGAUCGUUCAUCGGGCUGGUCAGCCAAGAACCCGCCCUCUUUGCUACCACCAUCCGCGGCAACAUCCUGUAUGGCCAGCCAGGCGCCAGCGAGGCCGAGGUGGUGGAAGCAGCACGAGCAGCCAACGUGCAUGGGUUCAUCAGCAGUCUGCCCGAGGGAUACGACACGCAGGUGGGAGAGAGGGGCGUGCAGCUGUCAGGAGGGCAGAAGCAGCGCAUUGCCAUCGCCAGAGCCAUCCUGAAAGACCCGGUGGUGCUGCUGCUGGAUGAGGCCACGUCAGCACUGGAUGCGGAGUCUGAGGCGGCGGUCCAGUCAGCGCUGAACCGCAUCAUGAUUGGCCGCACCACGAUUGUCGUCGCGCACCGCCUCUCCACCAUCUGCCACGCGGACUGCAUUGCUGUGCUGCAGGUGAGUGAGGGAAAUGCUGGGGUUGGGGAUGGGGGGCGGGUGGCAUGGUUGUGGAGGGCUGAGCAGCAGAGUAGCGAGGUGUGCAUUGCGCCGCCUCUCCUCUCCACCAUCUGCCGUGCCGACAGCAUUGCUGUGCUGCAGGUGAAGGAGGAGGGAAUUGGGAGGAGGGGUGUUGGCCUGCAUAGCAGAGUGAUGGGGUGUGUGGUGGGUUGA